AUGAGAACUGUAGAAUCGCAUUUAUUGGGUGAUAAAAUAGAUGAGGCUGUAACCCAUUAUAUAAAUACACACCAGUCGGCCGAGACAGUCCAUGUAGAUCCCAAUUUAUCUUUAAACAUUCAAGAUGAUGGAGGUGGUAGAGUGGUUACUGUUAUGCACCCACAAGGCUAUCAACAGCAGGUUUGCAGACAGAUAUCGGUGGGUGAGCAGAUUGGAGAUGGACCUUGGGCUGAAGAAUUAUGGGAUGGCAGGCUUGCUGCACUUGUGGCGCAUCUGGCCCAACCUAGUCGCACUUCUCUUCACCAGGGACAAAACCCUCAUCAUAAGCCGUCAACAAUAGUACGAAGUGAUAUGGAUACAUCUGUAAUUCUGGAUGGUUCUAUGAGGCUUUUUAAUGGACAGUCUUUGGAGCACCAUCAGGAGCAGUUACCGGUACAAGUGUCAGACCUACCGCUACCUCCACUCCAGGAUAUGAAAAGGUGCUCUGACACGGGUUGGUUUAAUAAGAAGGAUACAGUAAAGGGUGAUAGUGAAAUUUUAGAAGAUAGUCGGAUGCUGGAAAUGGCAUGCGGUUCACCGGCACAAAGUAAGCAGAACAAGAAGAGCUUGCCACAUAAAAAACGGAUCUCGAGGAAGUUAAAGAGGAACACUGGCAAUACAACACCGAGUCAGCAGGACAUCGUAGUGAUGCAAUGCAAUGAGGAAGUUCAGCCGGAGCAGGAGGAGAUUCUCCCCGACAGUUUCGUGGAUUCUAUGCCUCGACACCAUGAUGAAGACCAGUUGCCAGUUCACACACACGUUUCUCAGAUCCGUGCAAUGUUAGUCUGUCAGCUUUGCGGUCAAUUCUUUGGGGAGGAACAGCUGAAGUUCUACCAUCACCUGCGGCAUCACUACGAACCGCCUGCCGCUCUCAGUAUCGACAACCCCGUGCCUGACAUUGCGAUUGAUAAGAUUACAAACACCUGUAUAGUAGACAAUGGAGCGACACUCCCCGAUUCUAUAGUAGAAUUGUCGCUAGAAAAUACGGUGCCUAAGACAAUGUACCAGCCCAUAGACAAGCACAUACUCUACGAAAAGCCGCUCUACAAAUACCCUAUGGUCAUGGAGAAAUCUGUGGAAGGUGAAUUAGACGAUUCUUUGGACAAACUGGAGUUCUAUUGUUGCGUUAAGUGCAAUAAAUCGUUUAGAAAGCAAAAACAAUUUGAGGCCCAUUUACGAGAGAUGCAUACUUUGACUAAGUUAGAAGACAUGGGCGAGUUCAGUGAGCCCGAAGAUCUGAUGGAGGGAAUCCACGUGGCGGUGGACGAGGACCACGAGCAGGAGCCGGAGCCUGCCAACGGGCAGACGCCCGAGCAGGACGCCCACGACCAGUACGACACGGUGUUGCCACAUUUGACUAUCGACAAUGGCCAUGUGCAUCAGGAGCACAUUCGGCAUUGGUAUUCGCGUAGCGGUGGUGAGAGCCCCGAAGUAGGCUCGAUAUGCGCGUGCGGCGGCACCGGCUGCUGCCCCACGUGUGCGCCGCCUUACACUCAGCAGAGGCAUCAGAUUGUGACAAAAGAGCUACAAAAUCUGCUGGAGACAAACGUACCGACGAAUCCCGCUCAAGAAAAUCACAAGGAAAAUGAGAAGUCUCCUAAAAAGGCCAAAAAGAAAUCCAACAGGAAAUUCGAGUGCGUCCAGUGUGGACGGGUGUUCGAUCACCGAAACAGCAUGCUGUACCAUCUUCUCAUGCACCAGAGCAAGAAGCACUCGUGUAAUGUUUGUGGGAAACGGUUUUUCACCACUGGUUCGCUUAAGGUUCACAAACGAACUCACGACGGCGUCAGACCUUGGAAGUGCGAAGAGUGCGGACAAUGCUUCCGACGAUCGGGAGACCUCAAGUACCACAAGGACUCCAAACAUUCCAAUGAGAAACGGUUCAAAUGCGAAUUCUGCGUGAAAGAGUUCUCCCGGCGGUACUCCUUGAGCGUCCACCGCAGCAUUCACACGGGCGAACGGAACUACCCUUGCGACGUUUGCCACAAGAGCUUCCGGGCCGCCUCGUACAAGCAGAUUCAUAUGCGGACACACACGGGUGUGAAGCCAUACCAAUGCGAGCAGUGCAAAAAAUGCUUCAGCGUCCCGUACGACCUGCGCCGGCACGUCCGAGUCGUCCACGAUAAGAUAAAGAAGGAAGACGAUCCCAAAAAGAAAGAUAAAAAUAAAAAAGAAGAAAAGCCAAAGACAAAGGAGAGCAAGAAGAAAACGGUCAAACCGCCCAACGUCACGAUUCAGAAGUCCGCGAAGCCGACGGAGCUCGGGUCGAGUCAGUGUAAGGACUUUUACUACGCGGACCAGGAUAUCAAGCGGGAGAUGAAGUUUAGGAACGAAAUCGGAGACGAAUUUCGGAAUAACACCGAUGGGAAAAUGCCUAUUUUUUCCAAUGUCGAAAAGUCGAGUGUGGUUUUGAACGACCUGAGGAGUUUGGACACGAGUCGAAGAGACGUGAGUGGUGAUAUUGAAAUAUUCGACAAACUCGCCCUCUACAACAUGCCAGCCGUUUGA